CUAUGCAAGGCCUGCGUUUCCACGACUAAAACAUACAUGAAGGAAGGAGAUCGAGCCAGAUGAUUUAUAUGAGGGGCGGAUGUAUUCCGAUUCGUAAAAUGUGGGCAUUUCUGAUAUUGCUCUAUCUGAUUCUCGUAGCUGGUGUACAAGGAUCGAUCCAUGAAUAUAAGAACGAGGCUUUCAUUCCUCGCUACAAUUCAUUCUUCUUCCAUGGUGGCAGUGAGGGGCUCUAUGCUUCCAAGGUACAGGAGCAACACUCUCCAACCCCCCUUUCCGAGGAGAGCAAUAAACCCCUCAAUGGCAAGUCAUUCAUCAGAUUUGAGUCUAUUACCUUUAAAAGGUCAAAAGAGGCUGCGAACAGGCAAAAUGCAAUGCAGCACAGUACAGGACUUGUUGAAGCCAUUAUUCUGGACGUCAAAGAUAGGGAUAGAAUCGGUGGAUACUACCUGAACUCUGAUGCAAUAUGUUGCACACCGGAUCUUGCCAAGGAUGGAUCCUGUAAGGUGGGUGAGGUAAUCAUACGCCAAGAUCCUGAAAACCCUGGAUGGCCUAAACGGAUCCAAACUUCGUUUGAGGGAAACAGCGAAGAGGCUAGUAUGAUGCUACAAACCACUGAGAUCAACACGACUGGAAUGUAUUAUUUGUAUUUCAUGUUUUGCAACCCGGAACUAAAGGGAACAUUGAUUAGUGGAAAGACUGUUUGGAGAAACCCAGAAGGUUAUUUACCAGGGAAGAUGGCCCCGCUUAUGACAUUUUAUGGGCUUAUGUCUUUGGCUUACCUUGUUCUAGGUCUCGUUUGGUUUUUGCGCUUUGUGCAAUACUGGAGGGAUAUAAUACAGUUGCAUUACCACAUCACUGCUGUUAUUGGUCUGGGGAUGUGUGAAAUGGCUCUUUGGUAUUUCGAAUAUGCAAAUUUCAAUUCCACAGGAAGCAGGCCAAUGGGAAUUACCAUUUGGGCGGUUACCUUUAGUGCUAUCAAGAAAACAGUCUCAAGGCUACUUCUUUUAGUGGUUGCAAUGGGUUAUGGUGUUGUACGGCCCACCCUUGGAGGUAUAACCUCAAAGGUAUUGCUUCUUGGUGCAGUAUACUUUCUGGCUUCAGAAGCUCUUGAGCUUGUUGAGCAUUUGGGAAAUAUUAACGACUUUUCUGGAAAGGCAAGGCUCUUCUUAGUGUUGCCAGUUGCAUUGCUUGAUUCCAGCUUCAUUGUUUGGAUAUUUUCAUCACUAUCAAAGACUUUAGAGAAGCUUCAGGUUCGGAGAAGCUUGGCGAAACUUGAUCUGUAUAGAAGGUUUACCAAUGCUCUUGCCAUUUCUGUUCUGCUUUCUGUUGCCUGGAUUGGCUAUGAGUUAUACUUCAAUGCUAGUGAUCCUUUGAGUGAAUUGUGGAGAAGGGCAUGGAUAAUUCCAGCUUUCUGGAUAUUAUUAGCAUAUUUUCUGUUGGUGUUGAUAUGUGUUCUUUGGGACCCAUCAUAUAACCCUACCAGAUAUGCCUACUCAGAAGAAACAGGUGAUGAUGAGGAACAGGUAUUAUCCCUGACUGCCAGUGGAGUAAAAGUCGUUGGAGAUUUAGCAAACAAACUGGAAAGAAAGGAAAGGAAGGGAUCAAUUACUACAGAUCAUGUGUUUGGAAUGGCAGAAGUUGUUGAGGAGGACAAGAGAGAAUGAAUGGUGAUCUUCUUCUUCAUUCAAACACAACAAGAUUAGAAGUUACAGGAACACACUUAGCAGUCAUUUCACACCUGCUGUACAAGAACCGAGGACAAACUGGCUGCAAAUAAAUGCACCCAGAGAAGUUGAUUCUCCGUGUUGAAUGAUUAAGUAGCCGAAACAGAUGUGACAUAACAGCGCUUAAACUGCAAAAUGACAUCCUCCUUUUCUUCCUCUGCUAGAGCUUCAUUUGUGAAGGUGUCAACACUUGAGCUUAUAUAGGCAAAAGUAAACAAUUAUGGUAUACUAUGUAAUGUGUGAAAAGCACGGUAACAAACUACCUUUUGUUUAAAUAUGUGAUUUAUCAUACAUUCAUACCUUUUCAUGACUGUUCCACACAAACGGUAACAAACUAUGUAAUGUGUUCCACACAAAAUUCACGACUGUUCAUCUACCAUUUAUUUGUUUGAAGAAAGAAUUUUCUUGCUAUUGUUCUUGGUUUCUUAUGGAGAGAAAACAUCUUACCUGAUAAUUUGACAAUUUGGAAC